AUGGAGAACCACGCUUGGCGCUCAGCCUCCCCAGGUCUCUCUUCUUCUGAGGACGAUACCGACAUCUUUGUCAAUGAACAAACCGGCACCAACAACACUACCGGGUCUAGACAUGUGCACUCCCAUGCGACCCUUGAAAUUAUCCAGGCACACCUGGACGCUGAUGCUGAGUCUGACUCUUCUGAAGCUUCUGGACCGCGCGUGCACCCUGACUUCUUUGUUCAUCUUGAGAAUCUACGAAGGGUCAAUGAAGCCAAUCGAGUUAAUGCCCGCAGGGAAGCUGAAGCCUGGUAUGAGGCUGCUCUGAUGCCCAGUCAGUACCAACAUGAAGCUCCUCGGAUUAUUACUACCGAAGCCAACAGCGAAAGUUCGCAAUUUGUCAAUCAAUUUAACCAACCUUCGUACCAUGCCAGCACUGAAAAUGGAUUGCAGCCAUCGGCAAUGGGCAUGUCUGAGCAGUAUGAAACCCAAGAUCCCACUGCAGCCGGACCAUUCCAGCCGAUGCCGCCACAUGUUCGUUUUGAGACACCUGAUUCCGCGGGUCAUGUUUUCACCAGGGAACAUUCUCAUCACCAUAGGCCUCCUUCUCCCUACCCUACCGCAAAUCCCGCGAGUCAUGUUCACACCAGGGAACAUUCUCAUCACCAUAGGCCUCCUUCUCCCUACCCUACCGCAAAUCCCGCGAGUCAUGUUCACACCAGGGAUCGUUCCCAUCACCAUAGGCCUCCUUCUCCCUACCCUACAGCGGGUCGGGGGCAACGUUAUUCCUUUCGGAACUACGCGCCAACUGCUUCUGCCUUUCGAAACUGCGCGGCAACUACUUCCACGCCUCAGCCACAGGGAUAUACAGAACACGGAAACCCCUACAGAAUCCCAUUCGAGCCGGCUCCGUUUCCUGAGGAUGCCGUCCCGUAUGACCCGGAACGCAUCCUCCAAGCAUGGCUCGUCCGGCAGCAACUUAUUGCCGGCGUUCGUCCGGAAGAUAUUCAGCCCAUGGGGCAAUCAAGCGGAAGCCGACACAGAACGCCUCCUUACAUAGUGCUGAAUGACAGUGGUGCCCAUAUCAUAAGAAUUGAGCCUGCCAGAUUCGAGGGUGCCAUGCUUCCUCUGCCCGCCCUUCCUUGGCUGCCACGGCGCCCAAAUAACUCACACUCUGCGCCUGCUUCAUUGAAUACACAGAAUGGAUCGGGUCCAUCUACUGGUCCAAGUAUCAUGGCUGCUCCAGACUCGGCAAAUAUUCUGAACUUGCCGGUUGGCUCAAACAUGCCAACUGCUGCCACAAACUCGCCGGUUGGUUCAUACCUUCCAACUGCUGUAACAAUCUCGCCGGUUGGCUCGAACCCGCCAGCUGCUGUAACGAUCUCGCCGGUUGGCUCAAACCAGCCAGCUGCGGCAACCCUCAUGGCGGCUCCAGCCUUGCCAGCUAAUUACGAUAUUGUUUCGGACUCAACUUUCAUACCGGAACAAAUUUCAGAAGAUCUGAAUGAGGAUGUUGCAGAAAGUGAAAGCUCAGAUUCGCGUAUGGUGGCCUUCUUCCAACAUCUUCGGCUGCAUGAACAUGCUAAUUCAGUCUCAGUUUCUAUGCCAGAUCUGGUUUCAGGACCAAGCAGACCUGAGCCCGGCUCCAGUGAGAACAGCCAAGCUCCUGUGGUUACCCCCCCAGUCGCACUCGCAGGCCAGCUUGUCCCUAUCUGUGCAAAACCAUACCGAUGCGGAUUCUAUCAGCUCCCAGGAAGUUUCUGGGUUUGA